AUGGAAGAAGAUAUACCAAAACUUCAACAGAAUGAAUCAAAUAACAAAAGACCACAAUUUGGUAACAGAACUCUUUCUAACAAUAACAAUGUAUUUCAACAUAAUGCAUGGGAUAAUAUUAUAUGGGAUGAAGAACAGCAAAAUUUAGCAAAACAAAAAGUAAAUGAAAACUCAAGCAUAACUAUGUCAGAUAAAAAAAUUUGGGAAUAUGAACAUGAGGCUUAUAAAUAUUGGGAUAAGUUUUAUGGAAUACAUGAAAAUAAAUUUUUCAAAGAUAGACAUUGGUUAUUUACAGAAUUUCCUGAAUUAGCUGUUGAUAUUGUAAAACAAAAUAUUAAACAACCUCUAAGAUUUAAAAAUGAAAACAUAAAAAAAAAUGGUCAAGAAACUUAUGAAAAUAUCCUUGAUUUACCUAAUAAAAAUGGAAAUAAAAUUUUGGAAAUUGGUUGUGGAGUAGGAAAUACAGUAUUUCCAAUACUUUUGUAUAACACAGAUGCAAACUUAUUUGUAUAUUGCUGUGACUUUUCUGCAAAAGCAUUAGAUAUAUUGAAACAGAAUUCUGCUUAUGACACAUCGAGAUGUAAAGCAUUUAUUCUUGAUGUAACACAAGAAAAAUGGCAAACUCCUUUUGAACCAGAAAGUUUAGAUAUUAUUGUGCUGAUAUUUGUUCUUUCAGCUAUUAAUCCUGAAAAAAUGAAACACAUUAUAGAACAAGUCCACAAAUAUUUAAAAUCAGGUGGAUUAGUUUUAUUUCGAGAUUAUGGAAGAUAUGAUUUAGCUCAAUUAAGAUUUAAAAAAGGUAGUUGCCUUGCAAACAAUUUUUAUGUUCGAGGAGAUGGAACUAGAGUGUAUUUUUUUACACAAGAAGAAAUUAGGAUAUUAUUUACAAGUUGUGGUUUUAUAGAAGAACAAAAUCUUGUAGAUAGAAGAUUACAAAUUAAUAGAGGAAAACAACUUAAAAUGUAUAGAGUAUGGAUUCAAGGAAAGUAUAGAAAAUAAAUGAAAAUUGCUAUAAUAAUUGAUAUAAUAAUUGAUAUAACUAUUUCAUUUUUUUUUAAAUAUUCUUUUUUAAAAUAUUAAAGAAUAUAUAAAAACAUUUAAUUAAAGA